AUACAAUGGGUCGCAUCAUCAUCACACGCAACAAGCUUGCCUGGUGAUAUAUCAAGAACUUCUCGGGCCGGAAAACGCACAAGCCGAACUACUGCUACACCGACAAACUGGCUCACAGACCACUAUAAACAGCACAGCUCGAACCGAACCGAGCUAAGGUGUAGGGUAUCUCUCCAUGGAAACAGGAACAUUUGAGAAGAUUACGCCAAAGGUGAGGAUCUAGUUCAAACCCAACCGGCUGGCACAGCACCAUCAUGAUUCCGGUGAACGAGCUCCGGCACUUUGCGGUGGACCAGAACCCCCGGCUGCGGGUUCUGAAGCCGUGGUGGGACGUGUUCGCUGAGUACCUCUGUGUAGCCAUGCUGAUGAUCGGGGUCUUCGGCUGCACCUUACAGCUGACGCAAGACAAGAUAGCGUGUCUCCCGACCCACCUUUCUGCUCCCUCCCCGGAGGAUAUAAACUGUGAUCACAUCACAGGCAAUCACGUCAAUAGGAGCCACCUUGGUCUGCCCACUGAUCCCAACCCCUCGCCUCACAGCUCAAUGGUCCGGGAGUUUUUCGGGCUGAAAAACAACCUGGACCUUCACCAGUAUGUCUUUGUCAACCACAUCUGCUACGAGAUGGCGCUUCACUGGUAUGCCAAGUACUUCCCUUACCUCGUGGUCAUCCAUACCCUCGUCUUCAUGAUCUGCAGCAGCUUCUGGUUCAAGUUCCCUGGCACCUCCUCCAAGAUCGAGCUCUUCGUCUCCAUCCUGGGCCAGUGCUUCGACUCACCCUGGACCACCCGCGCCCUGAGCGAGGUCUCCGAAGAGCGCCGGGAGGAGAAACUGGUCAUCCUGCGGGAGAACGCCUUCUUGAAGUCAUCCUCCUCCUCAGCCGACUAUGCCGCACGAGAGGAAGAGGUGGCCGGCCUUCUGCCCUCCGCCUCGGUCAAGUCCAACCCUGAAAAGAAGCUGGCCGAGCAGCAGGCGGACGCCUCCACUCUGGACAAGAAAGAAGGGGAGCAGGCCAAGGCACUUUUCGAGAAGGUCAAGAAGUUCCGCCACCAUGUGGAGGAAGCAGACCUCCUCUACCUCAUGUACGUGCUCCAGACGGUCCUCAAGGUCCUCAACGUGGCUCUGAUCAUCAUCUAUACUGCUGCUCUGGUCCCCAACAUCCAAAUUGUGGUGCGGUGCUCCGUACCGGAGGACCUGACCGGCUACGAAAUCUUUUGCUGCAGUCACACCAAAGCCCACCUCUUCUCCAAGCUGGCCUACUGCUACAUCUGCUUCGUGGGCAUCUACGGAUUGCUGUGCAUCUACACCCUGUACUGGCUUUUCCAUCGCCCCCUGAAGGAGUACUCCUUCGAUGUCAUGCGUCUGGAGACGGGGAUCAACGACAUACCGGACGUGAAGAACGACUUCGCCUUCCUGCUGCACCUGAGCGACCAGUACGACGCCCUCUAUGCCAAGCGAUUUGCCGUCUUCCUCUCCGAGGUGAGCGAGAGCCGGUUGCGGCAGAUGAACCUCAACCACGAGUGGGGGGCGGAGAAGCUGCGGCAGCGCCUGGCCAAGAACGCGCAGAACCGCCUGGAGCUGCACCUCUUCAUGCUUCCGGGGCUCCCGGACACUGUGUUCGAGGUGACGGAGGUGGAGUCUCUGAAGCUGGAGCUCCUGAGCGACGUCACCAUCCCUGCCACUAUCUCCCAGCUGGCUGCCCUGCAAGAGCUCUCCCUUAUCCACUGCCCCACCAAACUGCAGCUGGCCGCCCUCAACCACUUGCGCGAAAACCUCCGGGUCCUGCGACUCACCUUUGAUGGGCCGGAGCAGGUGCCUGGGUGGAUAUACAGCCUGCAGGGCCUGGAGGAGCUCCACCUGACGGGCUCCCUCACCCACGAGCUCUCCCGCAGUGCCUCCCUGGACACCUUGAAGGAGCUGAAGAGCCUGAAGGUUCUGACCCUGCGGAGCCAUCUCCCGAAGAUCCCACAGAGCGUGGCGGAUAUCGGCGGGCGCCUGCAAAAGCUCUGCAUCUACAACGAGGGCACCAAGCUGCAGGCCUUCAGCAGCCUGAAGAAGCUGUCCAACCUCAUCUCACUAGAGCUGGUGGGGUGCGAACUAGAACGCAUCCCCCACGCCGUCUUCAGCCUGAGCAACCUGCAGGAGCUAGACCUCAAGGACAACCGCCUCACCUCCGUGGAGGAGAUCCUCAGCCUGCAACACUGCCGCCGCCUUGUUUCCCUCAAACUGUGGCACAACAGCAUAGUCUACAUCCCUGAUCACAUCCGCAAGCUCCGGGCCCUGGAGUGCCUGUACCUGCGCUGCAACAAGAUCCACAGCCUGCCCCCUGGCUUGUUCUACUGCACCAAGCUGCGUCACUUGGACCUGUCCCAGAAUCUACUCACCAGCAUCCCGCUUGAUGUGGGCAUCCUGCAGGGCCUGCAGUAUCUGUCUGUGGACAGCAACUCCGUGGACUCCCUCCCCGACGAGCUCUUCUUUUUAAAGAGGCUCAAAACCCUCGUACUCAGUAACAACCAGAUCGCCUCCCUCUCGCCGAAAGUGUCCAGUCUGACCCAGCUGGUCAGGCUGGAGCUGAAGGGGAAUAACCUCGAGGCGCUGCCCCCCGAGAUCGGGGACUGCCCUCUCCUCCGCCGCAGCGGGCUGGUGGUGGAGGAUGCCAUCUUUGACCUCCUGCCCCCCGACAUCCGAGACAGGAUAAAGGACGGCUAACGGGAAUUGAGGAGGCAGUGCCAUGGCUAAAAGAUGAGAGAGCCAAGUCACAUGUGUGGAUAACUCAGGGUCAUAACACAGGAGUUCCUCUGGGAUGCACUACCAGGACGGAAUGUCCUGCUGUGGGAAAAGGGGGUGAUCAGAACUGUGCCUGUCUUUAUACAGAUUACCAAAUAGGUCUCCAAACAGUGAACAAUGAUGAGCAUUUUCCAGCCUGCUGCUUAGGAGGGUAGCUAGAGGUACCUGGUUUUCAUUUAUAAAUGUAAUGAACUGAACAGCUUAACGUUUAGUAAGAUGACAAUCGGGAAGGGAUCUGAGAACUUUCUGCAAAAACCUCUUCAGCUUUUUUUAACACAAUUUUUCUUUAUUGGCAUUGAACAGCCAUGCAAUUUGCAAUGAAGAACACUUUUUGUGAAUUGCAGCUACCAAGUGUCUUUUGCAUGACCAUUGAUUCACAGCAGCUGAUUUGAUGAGAAAGGGUAAUUACUAUGUAAUGCUGCUCAGAAAUGGCUACGGAUGAGGCCGUACCUCCCAUCAUGCUCUACUUCCUGGGAAUUUGCUAUGCAGACCUAGCUAGGAAAACUGUUUUUAGUCCUAUCAUCUUAGAGCCUUGCCAUCAACUCAUUGCUGAAGCUAUGGAAUUCCCAACAGAUACAGGACACAUCUCAUCAGCCAAUCCAAUGCAACCCUGGACAGGACAAAAGGGUGUCAGUUUCAUAGCAAGCCCCACCCUCAACUCCCUCCACCUGAGCAGAGACCCUAGUUCAGGCUGUUACCUACUACGGUACUGCACCUACUAGGUUAAUUACGAUAGGAAGCAUUGCAGUUGCAAGUAAUGCUGUGCACAUUUGCUGUUAUUAUACAAUACCAUCAGUUUCAGGGGUAUUAAACCUUGAUUUGCAAGGGCUACUGAUCAGCAGGUAUUCAUUUUCUUAAAUAAUUAAAAAAAAAAUCAUUACUGCUUAAUGGGACCAAUUCAGCAAUUUCUCUGGUGCUUCAGAUAGACAUGGACAGCCCUAAUUUAACUGAUCAAUCACACCUUACUUUUUCAUAUUUCGGGAAACCAAUAUUUGUUCCAUACCUUAAAGUACUGAACGUUUUCGACUAAUGAACCAUGAAGAAGUGUGGCUGAACACCUAUACAAUUGGGUUAAAGUAAAAAGUGCCAGAAGUGAAUGUUUUAGAUGCUGCUCUUGAAUACACAGCCCACGUGGGCCUCGUUAGCAGCACAGUACUCUACAGAGAGCAAGGCUUUAUAACACAACAAGCACAAAAUACCACAAUAUGAGGUCUCCAAAGACCAUCAAAACCCUUUAAGUGCUCAGUCAGCAAGGAUUCAAACCUCAGGGAUAAUUAUGAAGCCUGAACUUCUCCUUUUUCCCUCACUGUUGAUAACACUUUCAGCAGACCUGUUUUGUAGAGCUCAUAGGGUUGCUGAUGAGGACGAGAAGAACUAUCUCAUGUGACAGGUUUGAGGCUCAGCUGUGGCCACAGAAUGAUGUAAAUCUCCCUCAUGCAUCAGCAGCUAUUAGAUUAAAAACAAACACAGGUUUGAGUUUGGCCAUCUACACAACCACUGGUGCACUGUUGACACCCCAUUUCAAAAUACAGAAUAAAGAGAACAGUAUCAAUUAAAAUUGUUUUAUUGCGUUAAUAAAAGGUCACAAAUCUUUUCUUUUUCAAAAGGUAAAGUUGAGUUUAGAGAUGAAGGUAUCCUCCACUCCUGAGCUCCAGAAGGUCUUCACACUUUCUAAUUACAAUAAAAAGAUCUGGGGUUGCAAAGAAUGGUUUAAGUGGUCCAAUUACAGCUUAAUUUUUUCCUUGUUGAGGGUUUAAAAAUGCCUAUUAAACCUUUUUUGUUUUGGUGUGGUUGUCGGGAGGGGGGGUGCUCUGCAAUAGGACAAGCAGCACAAGCUCAGGGCAAUGCGACUAACCCAGCUGUGAGAACCAACAUACUAUUCCUCAACUGCUUGGAUAGCAAAAUAAAAUAAACUUCAAGUGCUCAAGCUUACAGCCUUGUUUGUCUUUCCCGCCUGUACACAGCUGCAGUCCCGGAGGUGCCGUAGUUUCUGCAGGUCCAUGUACUGGGACGGACUUCCUGUCUGAUCUAACCAGUGGCUCAGCUGGACCCCAGUUCAGCCUCUUUCCCCAGGAGGUGUAAAAGCAGCGGUAAGGCCAGCAGGCCUGCCGCUCCCCAGUGACUGAAUGAAAAUCAACACUCAGCUCCAGCUCACAUCACCACUGUUGGCCAGUUACAGUAAAAAAAAAA